AUGGCAAGCUCAAGCAAGAAAACUAGGGGAAAACAAAAAAUUGAGAUUAAGAUAAUUGAAAAUGAGGAUGAUAGGCUCAUCUCAUUUUCAAAACGACGUUUUGGAAUUUAUAAGAAAAUCUCUGAGCUCUCCACUUUAUGUGGCUGUGAGAUUCUCUUUAUUAUUUUCUCACCAAAAGGUAAGCCUUAUUCGUUUGCUCAUCCUUCUAUUGAAGCUGUGACUAAACGCUUUCUAAACCCACACCAACCUCUUCAUGAAACCACAGACGCUCCUAUUGAGACUUACCGUAAGGUAAGAAUCAAGUCACUAGUCCAAGAUUACAAUGAGGUCCAUGACCAACUAGAUGCAUCAAAAGAAAAACAAAAGGCGUUUUCUUUGGCCCAACAAUCACGUGGAAGCGAAUCUCAUCAUUGGUGGAAAACUCCCAUAUACCAGCUUAACCCAAGGGAGCUCCACGAACAAGACAAACGUUUCGCAGAGUUUAUCAACUUGGUCUCUAUCGCAAGGGACAAGAAGAUUGCAUCCAUUUCCUCAAUGCAUGCUGCAAUGGAUGAGGAUGUCCCUUUUGUCGUUCCUCCUAGAUAUGGCCCUAGUUUGCAGUAG